UACUGUUACGUUUCUCGGUUCUUCUCUGUCUCUUGCUAACUUCCUAGCUUCCAGCAACUACCACAACUGUACCGGGAGCUUACCUCAAUGGGAAAUUGUUGUGCUCUCCUAAAAUCUAUUAUGGGUUUUGCCAACGAGGAGGAGCAUGAUGGAAGGUUGCCAAAACAGAAGAAGGUCAAAGUUGUUUUUGUCUUGGGUGGUCCAGGAAGUGGAAAAGGGACUGUGUGUGCCAAAAUUGUUGAACAAUUUGGUUAUAGCCACCUUAGUUCGGGUGAGCUUCUCAGGAAAGAAAUCAAAGCUGGCUCAGAGCAUGGCACCAUGAUCCAGAACAUGAUGAAUGAGGGAAAACUUGUUCCAUCUGAUAUAACGGUUAGGCUUAUUCAAAAAGCUAUGCAAGAAACUGACAAUGACAAAUUUCUUCUAGAUGGCUUCCCCAGAGAUGAAGAGAAUGUUAGAACGUUUGAGAAACUUACAAAGAUUGAACCAGAUUUCAUACUGUUUCUUGAUUGUCCAGAAGAGGAGAUGACAAAGCGCCUUCUAUCCAGAAACCAGGGAAGAGAAGAUGAUAACAUUGAAACAAUAAAGAAACGCUUUCGAGUUUUUCAAGAGUCCACUCUGCCUCUGGUUAAUUAUUAUGCUUCAAAGGGGAAGGUACGGAAGGUGGAUGCUGCAAGGCCUGUUGAAGCUGUUUUUGAAUCAGUCAAAACCAUUUUCUCCUCAGCAAAUGAACAGGGUGCCUGAAGCUCAAGGAAUAAAUAGCUUUUACUGGUUUGAUACUACAUGCAUUCAGGUUUCAUGUAUUGUCACUCUUGGAUGGCUACUUAAAAGUGGAUUGACAAGUGAGGAGUAAAGGACUGAAAAUGUACAAAACUUGCUGAAAUUUUCACAACUGUGGAUCGUAGAUGCCACAUUAAGCUUUUGAAAGCAUGUAUAUUGUG